AUGGACAAGAAGAGACCAAACGCUCCGUCUUCCGUCUUAGCCCCGGAUGAUUCGACCUCUUCUGUCAGACGUGGCAGUAUUGAACAACCGUACAGAACAUACAAGAUCCGUUGGUUCGGGCUUGUGGUGUUGACACUGCUAAACGUCAUGGUUAGCUGGUCGUGGCUCACAUUUGCGCCUGUCACUUCAUCUACCGCCCAAUUCUAUGGAGUCGAUGAGACAAUGGUGAACUGGCUGAGUAGUAUAUUCGUCUUUGCAAACUUCGCCAUGACGUUCGUCACCAUCAAGCUUCUUGACUGGGGCCUGCGUCCUACCCUCAUCAGCGGCAGCGCUCUCCUCCUGAUUGGCAACUGGGUUCGCUAUGCCGGAUCUUACUCCUCCGAUGGCAACACCGUCUCCGUCGUCGCCGUGGCUCAAGCUCUCUUGGGCAUGUCACAAUCUCUUGUCCUGAGCGCCCCGACGCGCUUCUCUGAAACAUGGUACACGAGCAAAGGGCGUGUGACGGCGACAGCUGUUAUGAGCCUGGCCAACCCAACUGGAGCAGCGAUUGGAUCCAUCGUUGUUCCAUUGUGGGCGGAUGACCCUAGCGAUAUCUCUUCCGUAGUCUUAUAUGUGGCCAUCAUUUCAUCCGCGGUGGCCAUUCCAGGCUUUUUUAUUCCAGGCGCGCCGCCAACUCCCCCGUCGCUGUCUCACCAUACAGAACGACCAAAGGUUCUGCCAUCGUUACGAGUAUUGAUUCGCUCGCUAGAGUGUUACCUGAUUAUCAUCCCAUUCUGGGUUUACACUGGUCUCUUCGUCUCCACGACGUCUCUGAUCAACCAGAUCGUCACGCCGUAUGGGUUUUCCGAUACCGAGGCCGGCAUUGGAGGCGGCCUCCUCAUUGUUCUAGGGUUAAUAUUCUCUGCUAUCACGGCGCCGAUAAUCGACCGAACUAAAAAGUUCCUGCUCGUCAUCAAAUGUGGAGUGGUUGUCGGAGGGUUUUGCUAUCUCGCAUUGGUAUGGGUUCCAAGCACAAAAGAGGUCGGGGCACUAUACGCUGUUCUCGGUUGCAUUGGUAUCUCGUCGCUUUCUCUUAUUCCUGUUGUCUUGGAGGUUUUGACAGAGUUUUCGUAUCCCGCGGGCGCCGAGAUUACCAGCACUACUGCCUGGGCUGGCGGGCAGCUACUUGGUGGCUGCUUCAUCAUACUCGGUAAUGGUAUGAAGGCUGCUGAGAGCGCUGACCCGCCUCGCAAUAUGAAGGAUUUCACUGUCUUUCAGGCGGUGUUGGCAAUGGUAAUGGCACCUUUGCCCCUCAUGUUAGGGAUGUUUGGGCGCAGUGACAAGGUAGCUCUUAAGCGUACGAAUGUACACUAA